CCUGCGCGAGGCCGAGGGCGUCCCGGCCGGCCUGUCCUGCCUGGGCGCGCUGCAGGGCCCCUGGGCCAUGGAGCAGCUGGACCCCCAGCGCUACCACACCCACCCCGAGCCCGACACGCCCAUCUGCGUGGCCUUCCUGCACGGCACCUGCCAGUUCACCGCCGGCUGCCCCCGCCACCACACCCUGCUGCCCUACCACUGGCAGCUGCGCUGGGCCGAGUCGGGCCGCUGGGAGAGCCUGCCGCCCCUGCUGCAGGAGCUGCUGGAGAGGCUGUACUGCAACCCCGAGCACCACCACGUCAUGCUGCUGCACCAGAGUGUGCUGAUGACCGUGGACAUGGAGAGCAUGACCGUCCAGCCCCCGCUGCCCUUCACCGCGCUGCGCCGCCUCUCCACCAGGGGCGUCCUCGGGGGCCCCCUGCACAUCCCCUACACCUUCUACUGGUGGGACGACCCGUGCUGGAGGGAGUACCAGGUGGGAGCGGGGAGGACGGCGGGCGGCGCGCCGAGCCAAGGGGCCAAGGAGGCGAAGCCGGAGGCCGCGGCCUCCCAGCAGCCCGCGGUGCAGGAGUCCCAGGGCAUGCGGCAGAAGGCCAGGAAGCUGCGCCCCGUCUUCCGGGCGCUCGUCACGAUGCUCCCACACCUCCGCUCGUUCCCCGAGACCUGCUUCUGGGGGUCCCCGACUGGCCUGCCGCCCAUGCAGGAUAGCCAGUACCCCACGACUUGGGCCAGCAUGGACCCAUCCAUGGACUUCAUCCAGGUGAACCUGUCUCUGGACGACCGGACGUACUUGAUCAUCCACCAGCUGUUCCACCACACGCUGCCCGAGCUCAAGUACCAGCUGCUGUCGGUGUCCCGCGUGCAGAACCGCUUCCUCUGGGACAAGUACAAGCGGAAGAAGGAGUACAUGUGCCGCAACCCGGUGGAGGAGGAGCAGCGUGGCCACGAGCGCCACCUGUUCCACGGGACGGCGGGCGAGGCCGUCCGGGGCAUCUGCAAGCACGGGUUCGACCCGCGCCUGUCGGGCAAGCACGCCGCCGUCUUCGGCCUGGGCACCUACUUCACCCGCAGCGCCAGCCUGGCCAACCGCUACGCCCUGCCCGACCCCCAGGGGGCGCACUACCUCUUCCUCUCCAAGGUGCUGGUGGGCCGCUGGGCCCAAGGAAAGGCCAGCCUGCGCCGCCCGCCUGCCCUGCAGCCUGACAACCCCGCCAGCGACCUCUACGACUCCUGCGUGGACAGGGUGGCCGACCCCAGCAUCUACAUCCUGUUCGACAGCGACCAGUGCUACCCGUACUUCCUGCUGACCUACAGGAAGGUGGAGCCUGUGAUUGUCCUUGCAUGAGCAUGCAGCCGACACGCAGAGAGAGAGAGAGGCCUGCUGUUAACAACAGUCUACAAUCCCAAACCCCCAGCACCGGCUUUCCUAACCCCCACCACCCAGAGGAGUUUGGGCAGUGUGACCUUUGACCCCUGCUUGUGGCAUGUCGGGGCUGGGGGCCUGACCCCAUGGCGCAGAGAGCUUCACAGGCUGUCUGAGUUGAAGACCCCGAGUGCGCACGUCUUCCCCCCCACCCCCCCUACUGCCUUACUCCCUCGUGCGUCAAGGUCCGAGCCCAGCAGGCGUCACUUGAGAGAAAUCCGUGGCAGGACGCCUGCUGGCUCCCGCUCAAGGGAUUCCGGGAAGAGUCGGAUGUUUCUCCGAGUUCUUGUGUGGUUCUCGCUCUUGAGCCGCUGUGGGAUUCUGGUGGCGGUCCUGCCUGGGUCGGGGGUGGGAUCUGGAGAGGGGGAACGGCAGCUGCGUGCGGUCUGGGAGGAAGUGUACGCACAGCUGGUGGCUCAGGCGAGGUGUUCUGGGAAGACUCCAAGAGCGCGGAGGAGAAGGGGGAACGUAGGCGUCCCUACUCCUCUUUCUCCCGGUAACUGGAGCUCGGAGAGGGAGGGGGGCAGGUGGAUUGUUCUCUGCCCAGUUCUCAGUUCUACCCCCCCCCACAAUUCCUCCAGCGCCGUUCGGACUGGGCUGCCAUCGUGCGCUUCCGAACACUUCCGUCAGUGCCAAAGGCCUUUGUUCUGGCUCGUCCUGUGUGAGUCAUCGGCCGCGCCUCGUGACGGAUCGCGGACGUCAGCCAGCCUGGGGGGCCGGAGGGACGGACUUGAGUCCGCUGCCAGUAGCGUCGCGUGGGGACCCGCUCCGUGCCCAGGUGCAUGCUGGGGGUUGUAGAGGCUCGUCUCUAAAACGUUUCUUCCUUCUCGAUCUCCCUUGUUUACCGCUUGACGGACGCCUGCGCUUGGAAGCUCGGGGAGCAGUGGACGAAGCUGACUUGUUGGUACUGGGAAUAGUCUGGCGGAGGCUAGGCCAGUUUUCAGAAUCGACUGGUUGUGUGUGCGUGUGUGUGUCUGACGAUCACGUAAAGUAAAUGCUUCUAACUAUAGUGGACUAGGCAAGCUUGGUUUUUAACUAGAAUGACCUUUUUAACUUUUUUUUUAAAAGUUUUAAAAGUGAUCUUAAUGUUUGUUCAUGCAGUGGUUGGUCUAAUGAGGGAGGAGGUUUCUGGUACAAGCCUGAUAUCCCCCGGGAGCCCUCUGAGGAUUUGGGGGCUACCCCAUCGGGGUGCUCUGACCCCGAUCUCCUGGAGGGCUGCUGUCUGCUUUAAUCUGCUGGGUGUUAUACAGUAAUUAAGGGUCCAGCUUCAGUGGCUUUCUUGAGGUUGUCCUGCGUGGUGGUGCAGAGUUCAGGAGUGCUGGGCCCCUGGGUUCAAUUCCUGGGGGGCCGUCUGUGUGGGGUUUGUAUGGUCUUCCCCUGUUUGCACGCCUUUCCUCUCGUAGACCCAAGACAAGCUGGUACAGUAGGUUAACCGGCAGUUGGGAUUUUUAAACGAUGAGUAGUAAGGGCCAGUAGGGCUUGCGACACUUUCUUGAGGCGUCUCGGGUUCGAGUCCUUCCUUGGCUGGUCUGCAGGUGCUCCAGAGGAACGCUCCGGCUCGAGCUCCUCGCUCCUUGUCAAAGUAGUCCUGCACCCCAGGUGCACCCGGGGUGGGAACAGUGCGUGACGGAGUCCGAUCUCUUCCGGGUCGCGACACUGAGCUCCUGAGGAGCGGAGCUUGAGCAGGUUCGGCAGAUCCGACGCCGGACGGGGUGGUGGAAUGGUCAGUGUGGGCUGGACAGACCUGGAUUUUCACAGGGGAGAAGGAGGCUCUCUGGGGGGGAGACUAAACAGCUGUGUGUUUAAUGUCUUAUCUGGCUUCAGUCUCUCAUACCCACACUCCCUCUCUCUCCUGGGUCCAGUGUUGUUGCUCAAUUGUUUUUUUUUAAUUAUGCAUUUAAAAAGGGCAGGUGGCCUGAGAGUGCUCUGUAGGACGCGGGACACCCCUGGAGCUCAGGGGGGGGGAGGGAGGUGUCCAGAUGUUGGGUGUGGGGGGCAGAAGUGUGAAUGCCCGACUCCCGAUCUGAUCGUGCUGCCUUGUCUGCUGUUAACGGUUAAAUGAACUGAGCCUGUCCAGAGAAAGAGUUACUCAAUGUCUUUUUAAGAAGUUCAAGAUGACUGUUGCAUACUGUAAGAAGUAGCGAUUAAAAUCUGCUCUGGCAGAGAUUCUCAUGUUGUCUUUAUUUUUGUUUUUUUGUUCUUUCCU